UACAUUUCCCGUCAUGCAACAGAGCCGUCAGCAUUCAUGGACGGAACCCAUUUGCAAACAGUAGUUUGAGGUUGCAGAAAACUUCUUAUCACCGUUCGUUUUUCGCGCAGUUUAAUAAUAUUAAUUCAGAUUUUUAUGAAUAAUAGAUUAGAUUAAACACUGUCCAACCUAAAAAGCUACGUUUAGUGAAACCUACGUUUAGUGUCCAAACACUGGGCUGGGUCGACAGUUCCGCUUCCCCUCCGCCAUAUCAGGCAGAUCCUGGGUCCAAGAAGAAGUUAACUAAAAAAACUUACAAGCACGUCGACACGGCGUCGCAAAUCAUAAUAUCAAGGGAAAUAUUCUCAUUAUACUUGCAGCAAAAUCAGUUUAUGAGAGUGAAAAAGGCGGAGGCAAAACUUUGAAGAGGUUUGCGGGAGUUCUGAAGAAAUGAAGUCAUGAGGGUUGAUCUCUGAAACCCUAUUACCCUUCUGAGUGUGUUUCCCUGUCAUGUCUGACAACGGAGAGCUGGAGGACAAACCCCCUGCCCCCCCAGUCAGAAUGAGCAGCAACUUUGGCAUCAAGGACAGUAUGUCAACAAACCCCAGUUCUAAACCCCUGCCCUCCGUCCCAGAGGAGAAGAGGGACAAACCACGCAACAAGAUCAUAUCCAUCUUCUCAGCAGAGAAAGGAAGAAAAAAAGACAAGGAUAAGGAGCGUCCGGAGAUUUCAAAUCCUUCUGACUUCGAGCACACCAUACACGUGGGCUUCGAUUCUGUCACGGGGGAGUUCACUGGCAUGCCAGAGCAGUGGGCUCGGCUGCUGCAGACCUCCAACAUCACGAAAUCUGAGCAGAAGAAAAACCCUCAGGCUGUGCUGGAUGUGCUCAAAUUCUACGACUCCACAGGCAACAGCAGGCAGAAAUACCUCAGUUUUACAGAUAAAGAUGCACCACCAGCAAAAAAAGGCUCAGAGCAAUCACCAGUCAAGGAUCCUGAUGAUGAUGACGAUGAUGAAGCCCCGCCCCCUGUUGUAGCACCACGUCCACAGCAUACCAUAUCUGUAUACACUCGUUCUGUCAUCGAUCCUAUUCCGGCACCUGCUGCCAUUGCAGACACAGAUGGUUGCAAAGCUGCAGAUAAACAGAAGAAGGGCAAGGGCAAGAUGACAGAUGAGGAGAUUAUGGAGAAACUUAGAACUAUUGUCAGUAUUGGAGACCCCAAGAAAAAAUACACAAGAUACGAAAAAAUUGGACAAGGUGCUUCUGGUACGGUGUAUACAGCCAUUGAUGUUGCUACUGGCCAAGAGGUAGCUAUCAAGCAGAUUAACCUACAGAAGCAGCCCAAGAAGGAGCUGAUCAUCAAUGAGAUCCUGGUGAUGAAGGAGAUGAAGAACCCAAACAUUGUCAACUUCGUAGACAGCUUCUUGGUAGGAGAUGAGCUCUUUGUGGUAAUGGAGUAUCUUGCUGGAGGCUCUCUGACUGAUGUGGUUACAGAAACCUGCAUGGAUGAGGCACAAAUCGCUGCUGUCUGCAGAGAGUGUUUACAAGCUCUAGAGUUCCUGCAUUUAAACCAGGUUAUUCAUCGAGACAUCAAAAGUGACAAUGUUCUAUUAGGAAUGGAUGGAUCUGUCAAACUAACUGAUUUUGGGUUCUGUGCUCAAAUCACGCCUGAGCAAAGUAAGAGAAGCACCAUGGUAGGAACACCCUACUGGAUGGCCCCUGAAGUGGUCACACGUAAAGCCUACGGGCCCAAAGUGGACAUAUGGUCCCUGGGUAUCAUGGCCAUUGAGAUGGUAGAGGGCGAACCUCCUUAUCUCAACGAGAAUCCUCUGAGGGCGCUGUACCUCAUCGCUACUAAUGGCACACCAGAGCUCCAGAACCCAGAGAAGCUGUCACCCAUUUUUAGAGACUUCCUAAACCGCUGCCUCGAGAUGGAUGUGGAGAAGAGAGGUGGAGGAAAAGAACUCUUGCAGCAUCCCUUCCUGAAGCUGGCGAAGCCUCUUUCCAGCCUCACUCCCCUUAUACUUGCUGCCAAGGAGGCAAUGAAGAGUAACCGCUAGCCGUUUGUCACUAUGUGCCAAUGCCCAAAUUCCUUCUCACGACCGAUUCCUGUGAGAACCUCCAUCACUCCAGCAGAGUCUCCCUUCUUGUCCCGCGAAGGACCUUUGCUAUUCAGCCCUGAGGACCCUAGUCAUCUCCACCUGGGCGACUAACUUGCACAAUCACCAUGUCUUGCCUCCUCACACCAAACUCUCCUUUAAUGUGCCUUAAAAAGGCUACAAAACCAGAGGAGCCACUGACUGUAGACCUCUCUUGUUUUCUACUGAUGUCUCUCAUUGUAUUUGUUUAAUGUACACGGUUCAGACACCAUUGCAUCGGUCAGUGUGUACCUGAACAUU